GGGUGGUAAGGAAAGGGUUUCUAUCCUCAAUUUGAACUAGAACAGUUCCCGAUUGCAAUUCUCUCGUACCAGAUCCAUCGUCAAAUCCGACUUGGUCGCUCUUUCCUUCUCCCCAGUCCACAAGCACUUUUCCAUCCGUGCGAAGCACAAAACUACAUACAUUCAAUUCACCCAACGCAUACAUAUUCUUGAAGAAUACCAACACCAAAACCGCCGUUUAGGGCGCCAGAUACAGCUCCAAACAACAUCCCAACCCCUGUCAUUUCCCACCUUCUAUCCUCUCUCAAAAUGUCUCCUCUCCCCCUCUCCACAAUCCCUCCACAAACCCACACUUCCUACCUCCUCGACCAAUUGGCCGGCGAACGCCUCUCCAUACCCGGUUCCAAAGGUGUCUUCCGGAUCCUCGCCUCGUCCGCCCAAACAUCCGGCGCCAUCGCCGUCUUCACCUCGGGCGCCGUCCUCGCCGACGCGCCCGGCUUCCACUGGCAUGAAGAAGCCCACGAUGUCUUCCUCGUGACAAAAGGCUACCUCAAACUCUGGAACGGCGACAAAUGCCGCGUCAUGGGACCGGGCGACUUUGCCUAUGUGCCGCCGAAAGUGAUCCACAACCCCCUCCUCCUCGGCCCGCACACCGAAACCUACGGCCUCGUCGCCCCCGGCGACUGGAUCGAUUUCUUCCGGCACGUAGGCGAGUCGUACGCGGGCGUGCUGGUCCCUGAGAACGACGACCGUGAUCUCAAGUCCCUGCUCAUCCCUAAGCUCAUGGCCGCAAAGGACCGCUUCGACGUGCACUUCCAGCGGGACCCUUCCUACCAACCACCAGAAGAGGCGCCCUGGGAGGAGAGCGAGAACCAGCUCGCGGAGCCGGGGUCGCCGUACUUUUUACGAGGGAAUACGGGCCCGCGGUGGGUGCUGGGAGGCGUUAUGAGCAGGCCGUUCAUUCAUGCUGAGCAGACGGGGGGCAAGUUUGCAAUCUCGAGUAUUGAGUCGUCAGAGCUGUAUGGUGGCAGUGUGUUGGGGCGGUGGAUGGCGUUUAAGAGUGUGGAUCAUUGUUUCUGCGUGCUGGAGGGGCUGUUGAAGGUGCGGCUUGGGGGGAGCGAGAGUUGGAAUGAGGUGCGGGAGGGGCAGACGCUUAUUGUGGCCGCGGGGGAGACGUUCACCAUUGAGUUCGGGAGCCGGUACGUACGCGCGUGGUCGUUCACGAAUGGAGAGGGCAUUGAGGAGGUAAUCCGGAAGGGUGGAGAGUCGUAUGCCGGCUAUGUUAUUCCAGAAGCACCCCUGAACGUAGACGAGGGACGGCUAGCGAAGGCAUUUGAAGAGUUAGGGGUGUCUAUAGGCCAGGCGUAG